AUGAAGCUCGCCGUAUUCAGCGCCAAAUCCUACGAUCGCACCUACCUCGACGAGGUUCUGGGCCAGCGCUUUCCUCAGCUGUGCUCCAUCGAGUACCAUGCCUUCGCCCUCUCGGAGGAGACCGUGCCGCUGGCCCAAGGCUCUGAUGCCGUCUGCGUCUUCGUCAACGAUACCCUCGAUGAGCGCGUGCUGGGCGCUCUGCAUGCCGGCGGGAUCCGUGCCAUCUUACUGCGCUGCGCCGGCUUCAACCACGUCGAUCUGACGACGGCCGAGACGCUGGGCCUCUUCGUCGCCAAUGUCCCCGCCUAUUCGCCCGAGGCGGUGGCUGAGUUUGCGGUCGCCCUGAUCCAGACUCUCAACCGCAAGACGCACCGCGCCUAUAACCGCGUGCGCGAGGGGAACUUCAAUAUCGAGGGGUUGCUGGGCACCACCCUGCAUGGGCAGACCGUGGGCAUCGUGGGCGUCGGGCGCAUUGGCCUGGCCGCGGCGCGCAUCUUCCAUGGCUUCGGGUGUCGACUGUUGGCGUAUGAUCCGUUUGCGGGACCGGAGUUUGGCCAGUAUGGCACGUUGGUCGACUUGGACCGCCUGCUGCAGGAGAGCAAUAUUGUUAGCUUGCAUUGCCCGCUGACGGCGGACACGCGGCAUCUCAUUAAUGAAGCGACGCUGGCGCGGAUGAAGCCCGGUGCGAUGCUGGUCAACACCUCACGCGGAGGGUUGAUUGAGAGUGCCUCGGUCAUCCAGGCCCUCAAGUCACGUCGCUUGGGUGGACUGGCAUUGGAUGUCUACGAGGCCGAGGGGGAGCUGUUCUACAAUGACCAUUCUGGGGAAAUCAUCGACGACGACAUCCUGAUGCGCCUGAUGACCUUCCCCAACGUCCUGAUCUGCGGCCAUCAGGGCUUCUUCACGCGCGAGGCCCUGACGGAGAUUGCUGGCGUCACACUAGGGAAUCUUUCCGACUUUAUCAGCGGACGCUCUUGUCCAAACUCCCUGGUCACCGAAGGACAUGUUCUGGUCCGCCGGGAUACGGCCCCUGUGCGACUAUAA